UAUUCAGCCAUGGAUGUGACAGUUUACCCGGCACCUCCACAGCCUCUGGCCGCGUCAGAGCACACGAGACUGGGGCAGCUCUCCUACCCUGACCCGGCCUUUGGGACCAACAAGUUGGAAGGAGACGCCAUGUUCCUGAAUAUGCAAGAAACGGGCCUUGACUAUGAUUCAAACAACCAGUUUCGUGUGCCGCAGCCCCCUCAGCCCCUCAGCAAGGUGACACCUUCCAACCCUUCCUCACAUCACUGGAGGAGGGACACACACAUGGCCGACACACAUCGUCUGCCUUGGUCCUACCAAAUGGGUGGCUUGGGUGAUGAAGACUUCAACAUCCCCCCCAUCACUCCCCCUACACUGCCAGACCACAUGCUGCCACCUCAUCUGCCCCACGAUUCCUCCACUGGACCCUAUCCUCCUUUGGAUAGCAACACCAGUACAACCUCACACCACCCUUACCAGCUUCAGGGUAUGAAUCUGGCCGGAAUGUCUGCCAAUCAAGAUUGCACGCCUAUGCUUAACCAAGAUGGGGGUACAUUCAGCCCUGAUGGGUCAGCAAUGACCAGUACUCUCUCAGUGAUGCAGCAGAUGGUAAACUCUGACUCUCGGUUUACCAGCAGCCAACAGCCAAUUGAAGCGGCGCUCGGACCCAAAAACCCACCAGGCAUGACCCAACCCAGUCAGUUGUCCACUAUCAACCAAUCCCAACUGGGACUUAGUGGAAAUUCUGUUACCCACAAUUCCCCAUCUCCUCCUGGAAGUAAAUCAGCUACGCCAUCUCCGUCCAGUUCAGCACACGAGGACGACAACGAUGAUGGAUUCAGGGGCAAUGGAGCUGAAAAACGACCAGCAGCAUUUGACAUCUCCAAAAAACCCAAGACUCCAAAGAAGAAGAAGAGGAAGGACCCCAAUGAGCCAGUGAAGCCAGUGUCUGCCUACGCCUUGUUCUUCAGGGACACUCAAGCCAAUAUUAAGGCCCAGAACCCUAACGCCACCUUUGGGGAGGUGUCGAAGAUUGUGGCCUCCAUGUGGGACGGCCUGGGAGAGGAACAGAAACAGGUGUAUAAGAAGAAGACAGAAACGGCAAAGAAGGAGUAUCUGAAACAAUUGGCUGCCUACAGGGCCAGUCUGGUCUCUCAGAGUUACAACGAUCCAUCUGAGAUGAAGCCGCCCCAGUCUUCUUCAUCGUCUUCCUCGUCAUCCUCUGCCUCAAUGUUCACAUCCAAGCCAUCUGUCUACGCGGGCCAGCACCCUUCCUCUAGCUCACUAGGCCACCCGCUUCCUCCCCACCAGCACCCAGGCAUUUACAUGCCAUACCCUCAUCCGUCGAACCUCACCCACCAUCCCUCAAGCCCCGGCCUUGGACACCCUCACCUGCUCCCGCCUCACACGCAGAUCCAUCCCCAGCUUCACGCCCUGUCCUCCAGAGGAACCGUGCCACGGUCCAGUUUGCCUCACCAAGGAGCGCUGUCCCUCGGCGGUGUGGUGCAAGCAUCCACGCCGCCCCACCAGGUCAGCCCGCCGCUCCAUAGCCAGGCUCACCUUGGGGGGCUACACAGUCCGCACCAGCAGCACCAGCAGCUCGGUGGUCACUCCCUGGGAAUGACACACUCCCCAGCCAUCACACAGGCCUACCCCCUCCAGCCUGAGUAUCAGCCAAUUGGAGGAGGUCUGAUGAAUAGCGGAGCGGUAAUGUCAUCAUCAGUGGACUACCACCAGCUGAGUCGACACAUGCCCAACCAUCACCCAUCUCUCGACUGGAGCGGUGAUUACCAUGGUAACGGAGGUCCUCAGCGAGAUAAAUCUUUGUACCUGAGUUAA